AUGAAAACUCAACCCUACGAAACUUACCUAUCAUAUUUUAAGGAGAAUAAAUGCUCUUCUGCGAUUUCAUUUUUCCGGCAUUAUAAUUUUAAGAGCAAUGAUAAAGCGACCGCUCACCAUAUACUAAGUAAAUGUUUAAAGCACAUGUUGUUGUGCUCAGAUACAGAGCUGCAAGAAAAGGCCAAAAAUAUAAAAAAGUUGCUAGAGAACAAAAAAAAUGUCACUGAUUUCUGGACAUCCAAAAAGCGGGAAGAAAAGAUAAAUGCUUUGGAGGAAAGACUGAAGAUUGCAAAUAAGAAGAUUGUGUUAUGUGAUGUCGAACAACAAGUAAAAGUGAGAGAAUUAAUAUACCAACAGGAUAAUAACAUUCGCGAAAAUUUUAACAAGACUUUAGCAAAGCCUUCUACUCCGUCUCGUAAACGAAAGUCAGAAAAUUUCGAACAUGAUAAGCCAAAUAAGGAUUUUAAGUUGCACCUCAUAGGAUGUCUAUCUGAAAGCGAACUUGAGGAUGAUAAAAAUGAAGAAACUUCAGACGGAGAUGGUGUUAUCGAUUUUAGUGCAAUUACAUUAGAUCAAUUUACAGAAUCAAGGGACAGUAAAGGAGGAUGGAUGUUGAAGAAUGGCGAAAGGGUUAGAGGUGUUCUCAUUCGUAUGACGUCAAAAGCUAUCGAGCAAGCCAAUGAACUGCAAUCAAAAAAGAAAAAAUUGAAUGCAUCUAUUUUAAGCAUCAUUCGGCUCGGGCUUUCUUCGAUUAUUGAUCUCUCUUCGGAAUUUUCAGGUGGUAUGUAUUCAUGGUUUGGAGACGAAUGGCAAGAUCUUAAAGCAAAGGCGCUAGCAAAGAUAAAUAUCAAGCCAAAGAUGUUCGAAGACCUUUGCGAUGAAUAUAAAUACUGGGAAGCAAGGGAUUUCGUGUAUGAAAAAUUGAAGGUACGCCCAGACAGAACUGAAACCUUUCAUCGACAAGUCAUGAAAAUUUAUUUUUUUAUUAUGGAAAUGUUUCUUGUAGAUCCCUAUGUUUUUGUAGAUAGAGAGGGGAAUAAACAAAAUUUAACGGAAAUUGAAUUUACUCUCAAAGUUGUUGGACCAAUAAUUGAUAUAAUAUUCUCAGACGUUCAACACCUUGUUCAGCUCAAAUGGGGAGAAACAGCUUCAAAAGCAAUGACAGUAGGAAGAAAAAUCGAUUUACAAAUUAUGUAUCGAGGAAAAAGUAAAGGGAAAAAUGUGGUACUCAGUCAUUCUGAAUGCGCGCGUAGAACAGAUUCUGCACAGAUUAUCAAUGAUCGUAGUAUAUGUUUGCGAGCUAACAAAUUUGUUCUCGAUCAAUAUCUCUCACACGAUCUAUCCGAUGAAACAAUUGAAAAUUCUGCAGUAUUCGGUUUGCAAUUAGCAGCUUUAUAUGGUCAAGUAAUUGGCGUCGACUUAUUGGAUGAGGGAUUAUAUUUCGGGUUUGAAGGGCCACUAUUGAGGUUUCCUAAUCAAAUUAAUAAUAUUACUGUUCUGAAGCAAACAUUGGAAGCAUUGUAUUUUUUUAAGGAAAACAUUGUUCACAAGGCUGAAGCAUUAUCAUGUCUUAACAAGAAUUCAGAUCCAUUCAGCAAUACUUUUCAUACUGAGAGGAUUUCGAAGCCUCAUCAUUAUAAAUCGGAAUUCAUUAGAUCAAUUACUUCGCAAAAAAAACAAACGAUCUAA